AAUAGUUAUAUGCGCGACUCUACUCUGCUGCCGCUGCCGCCGACGCCGCAGCCGUGGCUGACGACUAUAUGUAUACAGCGAGCAGAGUUGAUUCGGAGUUUCGCGAUUGCCGAAGUCGCGUCGCGCCGCCAGUUCGAGCCUCGCGAGCACAGCGAGUGCAGCAGUCGAUCCAAGCUCCGUCUGUGUGUGUUUUGUGUUGUGUUUCGCGCGUGCUGUGUGCUUGUGUUGUGUCUGCCUCGCGCGUAUAUAUAUUUUAUAUAUAUAAUGCCGAGGAGAAGGAGAAAACAGACAUGAAGGUUCUGCUGUUGCUCGCUCCUUUUUAGCAUACCUGCAAUAUAUACUAUACACACACACACGAGUAAGCUCGUCUGUUCGAAUGAGAGAUAAAUAGUCAAAAAAACGUGAAAAAAAAGACGAGCGAACGAGCAAAAAAUAAAGAAAGGAAACAAACUAGUGCGCUUUUAUUUUGUUUCAAAUGAUUCAGUGUCGAUUUGUGUCCAUACGUGCUUUUUUAAGUUUCUUGUGAUCGUUGCGAAACAAGUGUCCGCCGCAUUGUUAUAUGCAUAGUUUCUGCCUGUGUCUCUCCGUGUAUGUGUGUUGUGAGUGUGCUGCAGCAGAGCAGUGUGCAGCGAGAGAGGAGGUUAGAUCGCGAAGUUGCGAUUUAACGGAAUAGAAAAAAAGUACACGACAACGGAGUGCACGAGCACGUCUCGGCAAGGAUGCACGGAACGGCGUCGAGAGGACGUUCGCGCUCGACGCGCGCGAUCAUCGCCACAGCUCUGCUGACGGCGCUACUGCUGCUGCUCGAUUGCCGAACGAGUCAUGGGGCACCGCAAGAGGCCAGCAACACCAACAACAUCGGCGGCCGCAGCAACUCGUUGCCGCUCGACGAUCUGCCGAUCAUCAGCGCCCCCGGCAACAGCAUAUACCGUCCGAUCACGCCCGCGCCCAACUCGGCGACGGCCACGACGACCACGAGCACGACGAUCUCGUCGCCGUCCACGUCCACGUCCACGUCCUCCUCUUACGUGUCUCAACGCGAGGCCUACUUCGACGGCUCGGCCAAGCUGCAGCUGCGCAGCUUCGUCUCGGUGCAUCGACACAGCGGCCUGAGCUUCCGCACCUGCGAGCCCGGCCGACUGUUCGAGCAGAAGAUCGAGCCCAAUGACUCGAUCGGGCUGCACGUCGACCACGAGGGUCUGGUCUUCAUAGCCAGGGUGCAGGGGCGCAGACUCGAGGGCCGACUGAACGCCAAGCUGCUCGACAACGUCUGGCACAACGUCAAUCUGUUCUUCAGGCUGGGCAAUCUCACCCUCAGUGCUGCUGGUCACGCACAGAUACUGGCCAACGCGACCUACAAUUCGGACAUAUUAACUCUGCCCGACGAGAGCGACGCCAACGGUACUCUGAUGGUCGGCGAGGGAUUCCGUGGAUGCAUACUCCAAGGGCCUGGUAUACUCUUCAACGAAUCCAUCAAUACAAAUGCGGUUUUCGGCGAAUGUCCACUCGACGCGCGAGGAUGUGGUCAUCAAGGGAGCGGAACGAGCGGCAUCGCGGCACUGACCCCGUCGCCGCCGACGACGACGACGACGACAACCGACUGGUGCGAAACGUAUCCCUGCUUGAGGGGCGGCACCUGCAUCUCGAGGCCGGAGCCAACUCGCUACGAGUGUCAAUGCUAUCCACGUUACUCCGGCAACAUUUGCCAAAUCGAUAACGGCUCGCCGUGUCUGAUGACGAACCUGUGCCAGAACGGCGCCACCUGCCACGAGGACUCGCGCGGCGACUACAGCUGCCAGUGCGCCCCCGGCUGGACGGGUCGUCGCUGCGACCAGCCCGCCACGGGCAACAACAAUCACAGGCCCGUCGUAAGCGGGCCCUGCGAUCUGCGGCCCUGCCGCAACGAGGCCAACUGCUACGAGAGCCCGGAUCGCGGCGACUACACGUGCAGCUGUCGGGCCGGCUUCACGGGGCGCAACUGCGAGAUCGACAUCGACGACUGCCAGCCGAAUCCGUGCCGCAAUCACGGCAACUGCACCGACCGCGUGAACGGCUUCAGCUGCAGAUGCGAUCGCACCGGCUACACGGGCCGCGUCUGCGAGAUCGACAUCGACGAGUGCGUCAACAAUCCCUGCCUCAACAAGGGCACCUGCUACAACAAUUACGGCGGCUACCAGUGCGCCUGCCAGGCCGGCUUCGAGGGGCCCAACUGCGAGCACCACGUCAACGAGUGCCUCUCGCAUCCCUGCAAGAACGGCGGCAACUGCAUCGACGAGGUGGGCGGCUAUCGCUGCAACUGCACGGGCACGGGCUUCGCCGGCGAGCACUGCGAACUGCCGCUGCGCGCCCACAACUGCGACGGCUGCCCCUCCAACGGCGUCUGCGUGCGCAAUCAUCUGGGCCAGCUGCAGUGCGCCUGCAAGUCCGGCUACGUAGGCGCGCCGCCCAACUGCACCUUCAAUCAUUGCGCCAGCAAUCCCUGCGACAACGGCGGCACCUGCACCAACUUCAAGGACAGAUACGAGUGCCAGUGCACGCCCGAGUGGAAAGGUAAAAGCUGCCAGAUCAACGUGGACGAGUGCGACUCGCAGCCGUGCCAGAACGGCGGCACGUGCCAGGAUCGGGCCAAGGGCUACUCGUGCCUCUGCCCGGCCGAGUUCGCCGGCGACAACUGCGAGCUGCCACUGGACGGCUGCGCGCGCAACCCCUGCAAGAACAACGCCACCUGCACCCUGAGCGCCAAGUCGAAGCGCGACUUCGUCUGCAAGUGUCCGGCCGGCUACGAGGGCAAGUUCUGCGACGUCGACGUCGACGAGUGCGUGGGCGUCAGCUGCCCGGACGGCCGCGUCUGCGUGGACGCCGUGGCCGGCUACGAUUGCAAGUGCCCGGAGGGCACCCGCGAGCCCAACUGCGCGCCCGUGCCCGACCCGUGCGCCGCCGAUCCCUGCGACAACGGCGUCUGCGUCAAGACCGACGACGCCAGUUACCGCUGCGAGUGUCCGCCCGGCUACGCGGGCCCGCAGUGCACCGACAUCAACGAGUGCAAGGUCGAGGGCCUCUGCAACAACGGCAUCUGCCUGAACACCAACGGUAGCUACGACUGCUUCUGCAGGCCCGGCUACUCGGGCGACCACUGCGAAUUCGACAUCGACGAAUGCCUGUGCGCCCCCUGCCAGAACAACGCCACCUGCAUCGACAAGAUCAACGGCUACGAGUGCCGCUGUCCGCCCGGCUACGAGGGCAAGGUCUGCGCCCAGGACAUCGACGAGUGCCACGACCAGCCCUGCCAGAACAACGCCACCUGCGUCAAUCUCAUAGCCAAGUACAGCUGCGAGUGCGCGCCCGGCUUCACCGGCCACGACUGCGAGAUCAACAUCGACGACUGCGCCGCAGGGCCCUGCAAGAACAACGGCCGCUGCAUCGACGGCGUCAACUCGUUCGCCUGCGACUGCGACGACACCGGCUUCGAGGGCGACACGUGCGAGAUCAACAUCGACGACUGCGAGCCCCAGCCCUGCGAGAACGGGGCCACCUGCGUCGACGCCGUCAAGGACUACAACUGCACCUGCUGGGACGGCUACACGGGCAAGAACUGCGAGAUCGACGUGAACGAGUGCGAGAACUCGCCGUGCCAGUACAACGGCACCUGCUUCGAGCGCUCCAACGUCAAUCUCUACAAGGCCAACGUGAAGAAUCGCCCGGCCGUCUUCAAUCAGGAGUUCAGCUACGCCAACGCGAGCGGCUACGAGUGCGACUGCGUGCCCGGCGUCACCGGCAAGAACUGCGAGAUCAACAUCAACGAGUGCGAGAGCGACCCCUGCGUCCAGGGCCAGGGCCAGUGCAUCGAUCGCAUCGGCGGCUACACGUGCGAGUGCGACGACGGCUUCGAGGGCGACAUCUGCCAGGUCGACAUCGACGAGUGCAAGCGCUACGAACCCUGCGAGCACGGCACCUGCUUCGAUCGGCGCGCCGACUAUCACUGCAGCUGCGACCCGCUCUACGGCGGCAAGAACUGCUCGGUGCUGCUGCAGGGCUGCCAGGGCAACGCCUGCAUGAACAACGGCACCUGCUGGCCGUACCUCGUCGACGAGACCGAGCACAAGUUCAACUGCACCUGUCCCAAUGGUUUUUACGGCGAAAUCUGCGAUAGGGCACUGGACGGUGAUAAGGUAACGACGAUGUCGCUGAGCGGCAGUUCAUUGGUCACCGUGAACACUUCGCGCGAGGAAGGCUACGACAUUCAAUUCCGCUUCCGCACGACGCUGCCCAACGGCCUCCUGGCCAUGGGCACCGGUCUGACCUACUACAUUCUCGAGCUGUCCGGCGGCAAGCUGAAUCUGCGCUCGAGCCUGCUGAACAAGUGGAACGGGGUGUUCAUCGGUAGCGGACUCAACGACUCGAACUGGCAGAAGGUCUUCGUGGCCAUCAACGCCACGCAUCUCGUGCUGUCGGCCAACGAGGAGCAGACCAUCUACCCGAUCAAUCUGAACGACGGCGCCAACGUCACCUACACGUCCUUCCCCACGACCUACAUCGGCAGCACAGUGACGAAUCUGCGCAAGCUGCCCAAGGGCUCGCCGUACUUCAUCGGCUGCGCCGAGGACGUGAUCAUCAACGGCGAGUGGAUCUACUCGGGCACCGCGUCCAAGCACGUGGAGAUGCUCAACGUCGAGGCGGGCUGCCCGCGCGAGGAGCAGUGCACCCCCAACCCGUGCAAGAACAACGGCCACUGCACCGACUGCUGGCGCGACUUCUCCUGCAAGUGCGAGCGUCCGUUCCUCGGCCAGACCUGCCAGUACAACAUGACCGCGGCGACCUUCGGCUACGAGGACAUACGCGACGGUUACGUCACCGUGCGCGUCAACGAUCAGGCGCGCAAAGCCGUGCGACAGAUCGUCGACAUCUCCAUGUUCGUGCGCACGCGCGAGUCCACCGGGGACGUCUUCUACCUGGGCAGCGAAGCCGCCGAUCCCAAGGAGAAGACCUUCAUCGCUGCCCAGCUCGAGGGCGGUGAGCUGCUCGUGCGCAUUCAGUUCAACGGCACCGAGGCCUACACGGUCGGCGGGGUCAAGCUCAACGACGGUAACAAUCACCUCAUACAGGUGGUGCGCAACGUCACCCUCGUCCAGGUGAAGAUCAAUGGCACGGAGUAUUUCCGCAAGACUAUCAGCGCCUCGGGACAGCUGAACGUCACCGUGCUGCAUCUCGGUGGUCUUCCUCAAACGUCGAGAUUCAUCAGGCAGGUCGAGAGCCGCAUGAUGUCCGACGCCGCCAUGCAGACUCAACCGCCGCACAUGAACUUCAAGGGUAUCAUACAGGACGUGCAGAUAUCCAACGGCAUUGACGUCAUGGUGGUGGAGUUUUAUCCGCUCAAGACCAAGGACAUACCGGUCCUCGUGCAAUUCGGCAACGUCACCUUCGACCACGAGAAGGUGCUCGAGGGCGUCAUUUCCGACAACGUCUGCGCGUCCAGUCCCUGUCAUCACAACGGCACGUGCCACGUGACCUGGAACGAUUUCUGGUGUCAGUGUCCGCGCGGCUAUACCGGCAAAACGUGCCAAGAGAUGGAGUUCUGCCAGCUGCAAGACUGUCCCCAGGGCUCGCGCUGUCAGAAUCUCGACGACGGCUACGAGUGCAUCGCCAACGCCACCUUCGACGGGCUCACCACGGAGUUCACUUACGUUUACGGAUUGAACGAGAAUCUGAUGACCGAGAACAACACGGAGACGGCGAUCGAUCAGAUCAGAAUCGAUUACAGAUCCAACAACGGCGGCACCCUGAUGCACAUGGCGGCCGAGAGCGGCGACAAUCACUUCACCGUCUCGGUCUAUCAGGACUCGAUCGUGGUAACGUGGAAAUUGCAAGUAAGCGGCUCGUUGGCCUUCGGCAAGCCGCAACCCGAUGGCAAUUGGACGACGGUGAUGAUCAAGCUGAAGAACAACUCGAUCGAGGCUCUGUACGAGAACGCCGGCGACGACGUUCAACCGCAGACCAGCGACGGUUUCAAUUACGACGCUUGGUACGAUCUAUUGAGCCACGGCACGAUCACUCUUGGAGCGAUGCGGACGCCCGUUUCUAACAUCGAUAUGUACAAAACUAUCGGGGAGGAAAGGCAUAUCAGCAGAGACAGCAUUAUGGCGAACUCGGUCGAGCUCGCGGAAAGGAAGCUAACGACUGCGGCACCACCGAAAACUCUGAUGUCAGGUGAACCCUUCAAAGGUUGCAUCGGCGAAGUUCGCAUAGGUAGCAUGCUGAUGCACUACUUCACCUACGAGGAAGUUUACCAGAACGCCAACUUCACUCCUCUGCAGUUUCUCAAGCUCCAGCAGCAGGACAACACCUCGUCGCUGCACGAGAGCAUCGGCUGUCGCCUGUGCUUCGAGAGCCAGUGCAAGAAUAACGGCCACUGUCUGGACCAGCUCAACAGUUACAUCUGCGAGUGCCCCGCGGGUUACGAGGAGGAGGACUGCUCCGUCGACAUCGACGAGUGCCUCGACAAUCAGUGCAGCAACGGCUCGACUUGCCUCGAUCAAGUCGCCAAUUACACGUGCCUGUGCAAAGACGGAUGGCAGGGACGACACUGCGAGAUCGACAUCGACGAGUGCGAGACCCUGAGCCCCUGUCAGCACAACGGCAAGUGCAUCAACGAGCCCGGCUCGUUUAAGUGCGAGUGCGGGGACAAGUUCAUCGGCGAGCUCUGCGAGCAGUACCGGCUGAUCACGUGCGCCGACUAUCCCUGCAGAAACGGCUCGACCUGCGCCGACGUGCCCAAACCGGGUACGCCCAACAACUUCACCUGCAGCUGCCUACCGGGCUACGAGGGCGAUCUCUGCGACACGCCCUACUGCGAACUGAGAAAGUGUCAAAACAAUGGAACUUGCUUCGUCGUCGAUCAGCAGCCACCCAAGUGUCUGUGCCCGGCUGGCUUCGAGGGGCCCUACUGCGAUGUAAACAUCGACGACUGCGCCGCUGACGAGGACGGCAACGUGCGCUGCAAGAACGGAGGGAGGUGCAUCGACGGCGUCAACGAGUUCACCUGCGACUGCUCGUACACCGGCUACGAGGGGCCCGACUGCAGCAUCGACAUAGACGAGUGCGAGCGCGGCCAGAACUGCAAUCACGGCGAGUGCAAAAAUAGCGAGGGCAGCUAUCGCUGCGAGUGUCAGCCCGAUUAUUGCGGACUCGACUGCACCAUGAUGAAUCUCUGCGUCGAGGAGUACUGCCAGAACGGCGGCUCGUGCAAGUGCAAAGAUGACGGACAGUACGAGUGCUACUGCGUGUCGGGUUACAAAGGAAUAAAUUGCACGGAGACGGAGCACUAUCUCGGCAGUCGUGCAUUGGACAUUGCCGUGAUCGUUGGGCCAAUCGUGGCAAUUAUUUUCCUUAUCGCCGCGGGUUCGCUCAUCGCUCUGUUCAUGAUGGCGCGAAAGAAACGAGCGACUAGAGGGACUUACAGUCCGUCGGCGCAGGAAUUCAGCAAUCCCCGCGUAGAGAUGGAUAAUGUGAUGAAGCCGCCGCCAGAAGAAAGGCUUAUCUAAGCCUCGUAAUUUAUAUAUUUUUGUAAUAUAAAAAAACAAACAAAAGGCAAUCACUGUAGGUAAGAUUUUUUCGACCUCUACACGAAAUGAUAUUUAUGCGAUAGGAAUCUCUCGGCGGGAAUAUUAUUUUUACCCACAUGAUAAUUGAGCAAUGAAAAGAUUUUUAAUGAGUGAACUCGAUGAAGUGAGAUAAAGAUUUUUUUACAUUUUUCAGUUUCGAAACUUGUGUUCUCUUGUCAUAAUCAAAUGCAUUUGUUGAUUACGUAAAAUGUUUCCGGGCGUAGUAAAAAUUUUUAUUCGAACUUUGAUUUAUCAUACUCAGAGGUCAAAAGUGUACUUAAUAAAAAAAUUUUACUGCGUAUGAUGCGCUCUUAACGAGAUAAAUAUCGACAGAAUCCAUCCAAUUUAGUGCCUAGGAAUAUGUAUACUAUGAUUGCUAUCGAAGUACUAAUGUUUAAAAUAUUGCAUACUAAUAACUACAAACGAAUUUCUUCAAUGAUACAACAUGUUUCGUUGAAAAACACAUAUCCAUAAAUAUGAAUAUAUAUGUAUAAGUAUUUUCUUUUGUAUAUGUAUAUAUUUAUGUUUGAACAUGUACGUUCGCGUUUGUAUAACCGUAAAUUGUAUGAGUAUGACUAUAAAGUUCAUAGUUUUUCUUGUGAUUCAUGUCCGAUUUAAAGAACAAAAACUAUCACACGAAUGUUCAAAUUGUAAAUAGUCUAAUAUUAAUCGAUAAGCUGUAUGUACUUAGCGUCUUUAAGAUUUUAUAUACGACGAGUAGGUAGUUUUGAAUUUUUGAAAAUUCUUAUUUAUACAUAAUUGAAUUGUUACAAUUAAUUUUAUAUAUGAAUAUAUAUAUAUUUAUUAUAGUUACACAUGGUAUGUACGACACAAGAAUAAAUGUAAUUUAACGCAAAAAUUGUAUGUAUGAUGACACGACCAAAGCACCUCAUUUGUACGGAGAGCAAUGUAUUAAAAUGUAAGACGAUAAACGUGUCUCGUGAAUGGCGAAAAGAUAUGAUUAUGAGUUUCUGAAUUUUUUUUUAUGAGUCGAACGUAGACUAAGAUUUUAGAUGAAAUUUUAGGCAUUUUUAAUAAAAGCGCCGUGUUAAUAACUUAACGUCGCCUUGGCGAUCCUUGAUCAUCACUUUAAAUUGUAAGAUUAAUAUAAUUACUUUAGCAAGACUGAUAUAUUUUUAGUAUAUCGUACUUUCUUUGCUAAAUGUUUUUAACCGAAUGUAUGUUAUUGUACUAUAAGUAGAAUUGAUCAAUUUCUCGCGAUUCUCUAUAAAUAUUAUAAAGAAUAAAAGUGUAAAAGCAAUAAAGAUAGUACUUAAGAAUCAGA